AUGGCAGUGGCCAAAGCUAGCACUAGACGAACGAAUUGCGCUAUACUACGAAAAAACAAUAAGCCAGACUAUAAACAGCCUAGCGCGUAUCGGCCGAUUUCACUUCUAAAUUGCCUAGGUAAAGUGAGUAAAAGGAUCCUAGCUAAGCAACUAGCUUACUUAGCUGAAACUACACUAAAUCUGCUGCAUCCUAGCCAAAUCGGUGGCCGACUUAAAAAGUCGGCUAUAGACGCAGGCGCUAUGCUAGCGGAUUAUGUCCAUACAAAUCGGCUACGAAACAAAAUUACU